AUGAGUUCACAGGAAAGUGAGUUGCCAUCAGAUGAAAGGAUUCCACAGAUAAAGGCUGCACCUGCAGGUUCUGUCCUCUUGUCACCUCUGGAAGCCUUCCCACAGCAGGUUUCUCUUUACAGGUUCAAAACAGGGAGACGAUGGACCCAGCACCCCUGGAGAUCCUACACUCAGAUGGCUCCAGCACUCCUCAGCUUUCCCUUGCUGAGCAGCCCCUCAAUUGGCACAGUGGUUUCCAGCACCCACAGCAAUGGAGCAUCUGAUCCAAAGAGUGAGCAGGCUGACCCUGCCUUAGCUCCAAAGGACCAAAAGGGUAAUAAAUGGCAAUAUUUACAGCAAGAGCUCUCAUCAAAGAUGAAAUCUCCUCUCAGCCAGCUUGUGGAACCUCAGAUUACAACAAAGAUGAAUAUGCUGCCCCGAGGCACAUUUGCUAGUGCAGGAGCCCCAACUGUGGAAGAACUGAAAACUUACACUGUCCAGCUGGGAGACCUAAGCCAAGAAGCAAAUGUGGUGCAUGCACAGGAUAAUGUGGCCGAGGAAGUCUCUUCCAAUUUGGACAGAAAAUUGUUUGAGUUGCUCCUGGCAAUCAGCCGAUGUUUGAAUAACAUGGAGGAGAUGUUAAACACCUCAGUCCUCUCCACUGAAGAGGCAGCUGUGCAGCAGGCUCUUUAUGAGACUCUUUCUGUUGAGCUGCAAAAACUUCACGCUGAUCUGAGUGAUAAAAAGGAUGAUCUUCUAAAGUCUAUUAGCUGUGCUGGUGGGAGCACAGAUGUGUUCUGUGAGUGCUUUAACAACUUGCAGGCACGGCUGGAACAAACCCAAGCUGCCACUGCUUCAAGGAGCAACUUGAUGAAGGCUGGGCUGGAUCAUAAUAGCAAUUAUCAGAAUGAAACCAGGCUGCUCUAUGAUGAGUUAGCUGAGAAAAAAGCUUCUCUGCAACAAUGCUUGAAUGCAAUACAUGGACAUGAUGUUUCUGAACAGCUUCAGCUACAACAGAGGCUCAGAGGAAUUAAUGAAAGGGCUGGAUUCUGCUCAGCAGAGGAUGAAGUUCUGGAAAGAAGCAGUCCAUCAAAAUGUCACAGGAUCUUCCCACCAUCAGGGGUGACAUCAGCAGAUUGUGUGUAA